AUGAUUUACUCAAUGAUCUCGAAAUUAGGGCUGGGUAUUGGGUUGGUAGGUCUAUGGUUCCUGUACAAGCUGUUCAGUGAGAGACGUAGAUUUGCUGGUUUGCCAGGACCACCUCAUCACUGGCUCUAUGGACAUCUCCCUGUAUUCAACGAUGUAAAGGCCAAACUUCCAGCGGACGCCCAUAUGAAUUUGGUGCAAACAAUGCUGGCACGAGAGUAUGACCUAGGGCCAAUUUACUAUCUCGAUCUCUGGCCAUCUUUUGACCCUCAAGUCAUCGUCCUAGAUCCUGCAUUAGCAGCCCAAACAACUCAGCUUAAGAACCUCCCAAAACAUCCCUUGUAUAAGUUUAUGGAAUAUACCGUCGGCACUCAAAGCAUCAUUACCACACAUGGAGAGCAACAUAGAUUCUGGCGUAAAGUAUUUGACGCUGGAUUUUCCAGCUCGCAUCUAGCCAGUCUAACACCAAUGGUUGUGCAACGAGUCAAUGUUUUCAUUGAGAAACUGGAAGCUCAUGUGGCGACCGGCGAUGUUUUUCCUCUUCUGCCGCUUACCAAAAGCCUGACACUGGAUGUGAUAGGCCGAGUCACCAUGGCUGCUGAUUUCAAUACUCAAAAGCAGUCGAACGAAAUUGUAGAUGCUUUUUUGACGAUGCCAAAGUACAUUCCACCCAUCAAUUUUGACCCAUUAAGACUACUGAGUCCAACUCGGAUCUGGAACGCAAGGUACUAUCAACAGAAGUUGAACAACUUGAUCAGCCAAGUCGUUGAGCAAAGAUUUCGUGAGAGGAGAGAAGGCCGAGUGGGACCAAACGAGAAGUCACUUGUUCAUUUAGCUUUGGAUAGCUAUGAACCGAUGCAAGAAGGAAAAGAAGGAAUUACUACAAUGGAUCCAGUUUUCAUGAAAAAUGCCGUUGACAAUAUAAGGGCAUUCUUCUUCGCAGGACAUGCGACAACAGCCGCGUCUCUUUGCUAUCUGUACUAUGUCCUCGAUAAACACCCAGAGGUCCUGAGUCGUCUUCGGAAGGAACACGAGGAGUUUCUUGGCUCCAAUCCAGCUGAUGCUUCCGCUCGCAUCCACGCGGAGCCGACUAUUCUGAAAAGAAUGACUUACACCACCGCUGUCAUCAAAGAAUCUCUAAGGCUUUUCGUAGGAGCAGGAACUAUUCGGACCGGCAUCAAGGGGGUUGACCUUAUCGAUCCCAAAACAAAUAAACACUACCCAACCUACGUCGGGGGUCCCUUUCCAAUCAUGGUUCGAGCGUUUCCUAUUCACCGCGACCCUGAGAACUUCCCUGACCCGGAUGUGUUCGAUCCGGAACGAUUCUUGGGUGCUAGUGCGUCAGCAAUGACGAAAGAUGCGUAUCGACCUUUUGAGAAGGGUUCUCGAGACUGUCCAGGUCAGGAGUUGUCAAUGAUGGAGAUGCGGAUUACUCUGGCCCUCACAAUACGGAAGUUCAAUAUCAGAUCAUUUUAUGCUGAAGAUGCCCCCGUGGUGAUGGGCGAUCCGGCUUACAAUGUAAUGUUCUCCAGUGCUGGACCUGCGGGAGGAUUGCCAGUGAGGGUUUCGCUUCUGGGAUCAUGA